GCCGCACUGCGCGCCGUCUAAAAAAUAUUCGUUGAACGUGACAUGGAGCCGGCCAUAAAGAAAUCCAAAAUGGUUAAUAAUAAAUUUAAACAUAGCAAAAAGAAGUAUUUCCAACAAAGCAAGAAACAAGUGCUACAACCAGGACAACGUGGUUUUCUUGUAACUUGCAAUAUGAACGAAAAGGCAUGCGUGCGCGAAUGCUAUAAUUUACUUAACCACUAUGCUGACCAAUUGUACGGCCCAGAGGGGCAGCCAGAUGAAAGCAAGCAGGCAGCAAAUGUGGAAGCUGGUGAAGAGUCUGAUAGUGACGAUUUGGAUGCAGCUGUGGCAAAAUGCCGUGAGAUGAUUGCACAACGGAAACAACGCUUCCAAAACGUGGACACGGGCACUACGAACUGUUUAUUUAUACGCACCCAAUUGGAGGAUCCAGUGGCACUUGGCAAACACAUUGUCGACGACAUUAAAACAACGGGCAAAGCCAUGUCACGCUUUGUGCUACGUCUAGUGCCUAUUGAAGCUGUAUGUCGCUCUAAUAUGCCAGAUAUAAUCAAUGCAGCUGGAGCGCUGUUCGACAAACAUUUUUUGAAGGAGCCAACUACAUAUGGCAUUAUAUUCAAUCAUCGGUACAAUCAGCAAAUCAAGCGGGAUACCAUAAUAAAAGAACUAGCCGAAUUGGUUAACUCGAAGAACAUAGGCAACAAGGUUGAUUUGCAAAAUGCCAAAAAGUCAAUCAUCGUUGAGGUGCUGAGAGGCUGGUGCCUGUUGAGUGUUGUGGACAACUAUUUAGAAUUAAAGAAAUAUAAUUUAGCCGAGCUGGCAAAUAUCAAUGGGCAGAAGACAAAUGACGUAGGCGAUUCUAAGACAGAUGCAACUGCAGAGCAGGAAACUGAGAGUACUAAGAAAUCCAUUGAGAAUGCAGUUACCGCUGUUGAAGACUAAUAAAAUUUACUAUU